AUGGCGUCUCAAAAGGUCGUCGCCAACGGGUCCUCCACAAAACCACAAUCACAACCAAAUCCCCUGCCACGGUGGCUGCGAACAAAUAACGUUUAUCUUUUUGUCCCUAAUCUCAUCGGUUAUGCUCGUAUUGUCCUUGCUUCUAUUUCAUUGGUCUACAUGCCUAUCCACCCGUUAACAUGUACCAUCCUAUACGGCGUUUCAUGCAUCUUGGAUGCUCUCGACGGAUAUGCUGCUCGCAAAUUCUCCCAAUCGACCAAGUUUGGUGCCGUUCUCGACAUGGUUACCGAUCGUUGUACAACCAGCUGUCUGCUCAUGUUCUUAAGCGCUGCCUACCCCGAACAUCCCGGCUUGAAGAUUCUCUUUCAGUUCUUGCUAUCUCUAGAUCUUGCCAGUCACUAUAUGCACAUGUACGCGAUGAUGGAGAAGGGAGCUGGCAGCCACAAGAGCGUAGAUAGAGAACAAAGCAAGAUCCUGAAUCUCUAUUACACAAAUAAGGCUGUCUUGUUCACAUUUUGUGCCGCCAACGAACUCCACUUUGUCUCCUUAUACCUCCUUUCCUUCCCAUCACCAUCGGCUGCCAGAGAUGCCAUUCUACCCUUCAUCAAGGGUAUGGCCUACGUCACCUUUCCUAUCUGCUUCGGAAAGCAGAUCAUCAACUUCGUCCAGAUGGCCAGAGCUGCCGAAACCCUCGUCAACAUCGACAAAGAGAGCAGGCAGCUAUCACACCAGCUGAAUGGCGAGAAGAAGGAAUAA